AUGGGUGCUUUUUCAGUUGGACACUCAAAUAUGGAAGGCUGGCUAGGAGGAACGGGGGCGUCGAAGCAAGAUUGCUCCUUCGAGACGCAAAUCUACAGACGGUCCAUGCCGAAAAUUGUCACACAGCUCGAAAAUGCCCCCUGGCCCGUAAGGUGA